AUGCUGUCCAGUGCACACCUACAGGAUGCUCCCCCACACCUCUCCAGGACCCUUACACAGGAUGAAGAACAGACCUCCUUGAGGCAGAGUAGCAGCUGUGAUCCGUCUCCUGCCUCUGACUUUGAGUUAUUGUCAGCUUCCACUGAGUCAAGAAUUCCUCACAGUAAAAUACUCCAAGGAAAAAAGGGUCUCAGAAUCAUCUCCCCCGAGUCUCCUGCUAAUCUUCCCUGCUGCUAUGCAGUGAUCCUGGUCCUCACUGUAGCUGUAGUUGCUCUUUCUGUUGCUUUGUCAGUAAAAAAGCCAGCACAGAUCUCAACCAUAAAUACCUAUGCCUCUUGCCCGGGAAACUGGAUUGGAGUUGGAAAUAAAUGUUUUUAUUUUAAUGAAACGCCAAGGAACUGGACAUUGAGCCAGAGCCUAUGUAAGGAACAAGAGGCCGAGCUAGCACGAUUUGACAACCAGCAGGAGCUGAAUUUCCUAAGAAGAUACAAAGGGAGUUUUGAUUACUGGAUCGGUCUGCACAGAGAGUCAUCAGCGCACCCUUGGAAGUGGACAGACAACACUGAGUAUAACAACUCGGUUCCCAUCCGAGGAGAUGGACUGUGUGGCUUCCUGAGUGACCAGCUCAACAUCAGCAGUAGCAGGGACUAUAUAAACAGGAAGUGGAUUUGUAGCAAGCCCAAAAGCUACACCUCACAGUCCCAGUAG